AGGAGGAUAGCGAAGAAGAGGAGGAGGAGAAGAAGGAUGGAAGGAGGGAGCGAGAAUCGACCUUGACUUCUUCUUCUAGUGGGGGAUGGAGGAAAAAAUCAUCGUCAGCAAUGAUGAUGACGGCAAAAGGAGAGUUGAUGACGAUGGUGAUGUGCCGGCUCGAAACGCGUCCAAUGAACCGUCGUCACGUGACGAGAGUAAACAAGAUGGCGGCCUCGUGACGUCAUCGGUGCUGACUGCGGACGAGCGAAACGAGUUGGCUGCUAAACUGGUGAAGGCUGAAAUUAUGGGAAAUACGGAGCUUGCCGCCGAACUGAAAUCGCGCCUGGAACGGGCGCGGGAAGCGGCCGCCGCGCCUGAACGCGUGGUGCUUACAGUGACCGAUGGGCGCGGUUUCACUCAGCCGCUAGCCGCGCCUGCCGCGCCCUCAAACCACGCCGACACCAGCCGCGGCAAGGGCGGAAAGAAGGUGAAGACGCACGAUGACAGUGGAAAGCGAGUGCGCUAUUUUGCAGACGACGACCGAUUCACGCUGCAGGAGAUGUUCGAAAGAGAGAAACGGAACACUGCUGAAGAUCAGAAUGAGAUGUUUGCUCGUCUUGCUGGCAAGAAAAUCGGUGACGACGACAGUGCUCGAGACAUGGACGACGUGUUCGAGGAGACGGCGUCGCGAGGUGGCGGGGCGCGAGAGGCGGCGCGUGCAGACGAGCGUGCGCGUGCAAGAGCCAUCGGCCAGCACCAGCGUGCCACACGCGCCCACGACAACUGCAGCGGUGUCUCGACAGCCAACCCUGCUCAAGCAUCUCGUUGUUGCAAUCGGCAGCAAGGUGUACCUUUGCCUGCCACCGCAUGAAAGCCUCACCGAAGGUCACUGCCUGAUUGUGACCAGUCAACAUGUCGCCUGCUGUGUACAAGCUGACGAAGAAGUCUGGGAAGAAAUACAGGUGUUUAGAAAAGCGCUGGUAGACAUGUUUCUGGAGCAAGACUUGGAUUGUGUGCUGUUUGAACAUGCAGCUGGCUUUUCAAAGUUCCCACACCUGGUGUUGCAGUGUGUACCUCUGCCCAAGGAGCAAGGAGAUUU